CUUUAUAUACAUUCUUCUUCCUUCUGUUCCUGUAAAACCCUAAAUCGUACUCUCGGCAGGGAACAUCUGUGCACAGGGAUUCAACGAGAUCAAAGGUCGACGAUGUAUCUUCAGUGCUAUAUCAACGAGAAGGGUGAGAAGGUUUACACCACAAAGAAGGAAUCACCGCUCGGGUCAGCCACUGAAUCUGCCCAUCCAGCCCGGUUCUCCCCUGAUGAUAAAUAUUCAAAGGAGAGAGUUUUGUUGAAGAAGCGUUUUGGUCUCCUACCCACCCAGGGCGCACCUGUCAAGUAUUGAAAGGGCUUAGCUUCUCUAGUUUUUUUUUUCUGUUUUUUGAUCUUCUUCUUUUACUGGCUAUCUUGUCUCUUAAUGAAACCGUCUGUGUACUACUCCGAAUAGUAGUGAGUUAAAUAGCAGUUUGUUUAUUUGGAGAAAUCAAAAUUUUAAUUAUUUUCAAA